GGGCUCUUGAGCCUCCUCGGUCUGCUCAGCUCGACCACGCUAUGCACGCUGCUCUACGUCUUCUUGAUCCCGACGCUGUCGCCAUGGAUCGGGCCAGCAUAUGCGACGUGGCUGCCGCUGCCCACCGCAGCCGCGCGCCACGACCUCCUCACGUUCCUCGUCCCGUUCUAUGUCAUCCUCGCCCUCUUCAAGUCGUCCUUUGGCGGUACCAUUGUCGAAGAGUCGGUCUUGGUCAUUCCAGAAAUUGGCGUCCAGCUGCGCAAGAAGCGCCGCAAUGGCAGCGAAAAGUUUAUGUUUAUCGAGGCCAAGUGCAUUCGCGCCGUCGUCAUCAACGAGGCCAUCACGUUCGCCGACGUCAUCUACUACAUGGCCUUUCUCGUGCAGAACGAGCCCAAGAUGAUCUUGGCGUUUGAGUCGUUUCGCCCGCGCGUGCAUGCGCUGCAAAAGGUCUUUCUGGGCACGAAGGGCCUUCUCUUCCCCGACGACUCGAAGAUGACCAUGACAUAG